GGUGUCCUAGGCAACUUUAUAUACAGCAAUUUUAUCCCAUUGAAUCAACGUGGACCAAUGAAAUAUCGCCAACAGUGACAGUCAAAUUCAGUGAACAGUUCAACAGAAAAACUCUUAUUUUCAUUGAUUGCAACAGUUGUUUAAUGUGCAAGUAAAUACGGUGCAAGCUUUUAAUAAUUUUGAAGUAACAUAACUAUAAAUUAUAUUGGAAGUCCAUUCAAUUCUCGUAUUAAAGAAAGUUUCCCGUUCUAACCUAAAACCAGUAAAUUUGUACUCUUUGGGGGUGAUUUUUGGAAAUAUCAAAGGAAAUGGAGCUGCCCCUAGUCAUUUUAGUUGCGCUCUCCCUUAUCCUCUCUUCACAGGCCCUGAAACCGGGAGAAUGUGAAGUGUGUAUCAAGGUAUUGGAUAGAUUUAGAAGCAAUUUAUCCGAAGAUACUCUUAAAGACUUUAAGAAGAUAGAAAAAGAAUUCAAAGGAUACUGCAAGGAUCUCAAGAACAAGGAAAAUAGAUUUUGUUACUAUCUUGGAGGCUUAGAAGAAUCUGCCACUGGUAUAUUGGGUGAAAUGUCCAAGCCAAUGACGUGGUCUUUACCAUCAGAUAAAAUCUGCGAAAAGCUAAAGAAAAAAGAUGCCCAAAUCUGUGAGCUCCGAUAUGAUGUACAAAUCGACCUUAAGACAGUCGAUCUUAAAAAAUUGAAAGUGAGGGACUUGAAAAAAAUCCUCAAUGAUUGGGGUGAGGAAUGUUCAGGCUGCAUUGAAAAAAGUGAAUACUUGAAAAGGAUAGAGGAACUGAAACCAGUUCAUACUGAAUUAUAAUGUGAUUAGCUCUUUAUUUAGGACCUUUGUUGAUUAACUCAAGAAUAGCAGCGUAUGUAAUUGUCGAUUGUCUAGCUGUACUUGGUUUUUAUUACCUUUUAAUUUACACUUACACUACUAUAUUGAAUAUGGUGCGAUUUAUAUAGUUGAAGUUACAGCAAAUUGAAGUGAAUUAAAUUUUAGCAAUAUGCAAUCACAAUUUUCAAUUGUUCCUUUGUCACAUUAAAGUAAUAGCUGAAUGAGUAAUUUUUUACUUUAUAGGUAAAUUAUUUUUCGUUUCUAAGAAAGUAUUUAUAUUUGUAAUAAAUAUUGUGUUGUUAUAUCAAGGAAA